AUGCAGCUAGACGACGAUCUCGUGCGAAGCGCCUGCGAAGAGUUGGGUGCACGGCAUGUCGAUUUCAUUGCUCGCGGUUUCAAUUCAAAUUUCUGGGACAUUUUUUUGGUAUGUAUGGCUGAAACUGUUGAUGAGAUAAUCUCAGGAUAUUUGACCGACGAGCACAAACGAGCAGAAAUGAUACUGGCAUGGCAAAGGGUUUUACACACUAUCAUCCACCAUAUGCGAACCGGAUAUAUCGAGAGGCGAAAGGAGCAACUUAAAAGUAGCUCCAAAUCUGACUAUUGUGCAAACCACAUCGAUCAUCCUUGA